GGUUGGUUAAAGGGGAUGUGCUGAGGGUUAGUUGUGAGGGAAAAGGGGAAGGCUGCAUUCUGGGGAGAUAUUGGGAAGGGAAGGAAACUUACUGUGAGGCCUGAGAAAUAUUAAUAACAUUAAAGGAGGGGGGAAAAAAGAAGUGCUACCCUGGCCCAGUGCGGGAAAGGCAGAUGCAGUUUAGGCCUCACAGGGGGAGCUGCAUGUAUUCAGCACACAUUUUGUGGCAGGCACUUUGAAGAGUCACUUAAUUUGCCACAAAAAUCCUAUAGGUAGGAAGAAGAAAUGUUUCAGAAAUUAGAGAAACUGAGGUUCAGAGAAAUAAAGUAACCUGCCCACAGUUUCAUGGCCGGUAAGUGGAAGCUCUUCUGAUAGCAAGUCCAAGGUUCUUUCCAUGCUACCUCCCUCUUCAGAUCAGGUGCCAGAAGAAAGGCUGAAAAUACAGAGUUAUACUGGUAACUGGGAGGGAUUGUGUUUGUUUUAUGGGAACAGGUUCUGUCAGCUUCUUUAUAGUUGUUAAGGUUAGAAUGUGAGACCAGAAGAACAGCUUUGAAAGAGAAGCAGAAUUCUUUCAAAGUUUUGCUGAGGAAGGAGAAGUCUGAAGGAACAGGUCUUCUGAUUAUGUGAGACCAGCCCAGCUGUCUCCCUGGUUCAGAGGAGUUUGCAGACAAAGGACCGGGAAGAGAGACUAGACCCCCAAAAGGGUUCCCAAGGUAACACUAGUAGCUUUGGUUUUCCAACAGCCUGCCAGUGACCGUAGGUAAGGGCUUCACUGUGCCUUUUUUAAAAGCUUAAAGGAGUAGGAUGAGGUUAUUUGGUUGUUUUCUUUUUAAAGCCACUGCCAAUUAAAUGCAGAUCAAGGCGAGCACAUGGCUGCUGCCCUCCUCCUUUGGUUCUCUGUAUCAGUACAACCUCGUGAGCUCGCUUAGCCACCACCAACCUCUUUCCUAGAAGCCCAUUACUCACUCUUUCAGUAACAGCACACUAAACUGCUGUGUCUUGUUUGUGCUUGUACAGGAGAACAGAUGAGGUGGACGUGUGGGAGGUAGGGGACGUACCGUUCUCUUUCUGAGUUUGUGUGGAGUUUCCAGGGCUACGCUUCCCUCUCACAUAUCAGCCAAAGUGAUGCGACUUGCUUCCAUUCCCUCUGGCUGCCAUUUCCCAACUUCCUAGAGACUGAGGUGCAUGAUUUCAGACAUCAAGGAGGACCACAAUUUGACUUGGAAGUUAGGGGGAAAACUCCCCCCAAAGUGGAUGUACACACUCAUGCUCUCGCUCCCCUCAGUUCCAAGGUAUAUAGUAAUUGCUGGUAUUAUGAAUGGGUAAUUCCACUCUUGAAAAGGAGGAGGGAACUUAAACAAUGAAGGCCACACAUCAGAGGCCUUUGAGGUUUAUAGUGAAGCAGGCAAAUAUGCCGUGAUGACUCGAAGGCUUAAGUGGGACUAGCUUUUAGUGCUACCUACCCCUCCCCAGCAUGUGACUCAUGCAAAAUGCAGCCACCUUUGUGCAGAUCUUUCUGGGCAAAUCACUCGUGAUGGGGAAAUGUUUAUCAUAUUACAUUGCAGUGUUUCUUCAACAAGAGGAAUGGCUCCUGAACAGGACACAGCUCGUGUUAAUGAAGAGCAAAGCUCUCUGGGGCAUAAACCUACUGAUCCCAUCAUCUCGUUCACGGCCAGUCUGUUGGAUGAAAUGGUCACUGUAAGCAGCAGGUGCUAAUGAGCUGAGCAAGCAUUCUCUGGCCCACAGUUAGUUUGUGUAGUUGGAGCCCUCUCCAGAUGCUCACGGACAAUCCCCAGACACCCCCUUUGCGCCCUUCACAUAGAAAAGCCUCAUGAUCAAAUUUUGGCAGACUUCUUUAAAGGGAAUCCCCCUGUUUUAGCAGGUUGCUUUGUGGUUGGUAAUCUGUGGUGAGCUUAAAUGAGUAUGAAAUUUGGUCUGUUGUCCCCCUUUUGAGCAUCAGUACGGUGACUCCCAUCCUCUCUUUCUCUGACUUGGUGCCAGGAAAGGAGUUUUGUCAUCCUUUGCUCGAGUCCGCCCACUACCAUUUCUACCCAGUAAGAGAAACACUCAGAAUUCAGGAUUUUGGCGCCCCGCUUUGAAAGGGCUGCGAACCCAUAAGUUAGCCCCUGAGAAUCAACUUGUAUUCAUUGGCUAAUUUAUCCAUCUAAAAAAUGUUGAGAUUCAUUGUCUGGGUGAUUGGCAUAUGGAGAUGGAAGAGAGAUGGUCUGAGUCCUUUAAAGAAUCAGAGUCUGACGGAGGAGACUAAGCAAUUCAGCAAUUCCGUGUUCAUAAUGGAGAAAGGUGAAGAGAUUGUUUUCUGAAGGCUGCGUCGAAGGCUGUGACAGCAGAGAGCCCAUGUGGAGCUGAUGGGGAGGCUUUCUGAAUAACAUGGCCCUUCGCCAUUAGCCUUGCCAUGACCACAUUUUUCACCAGCGUCCCCCCCUGGAUUCAAGAUGCAAAGCAGGAGGAGGAAGUGGGCUGGAAACUAGUUCCCAGGCCUCGGGGCCGGGAGACGGAGAGUCAAGUGAAAUGCCAAUGUGAAAUCUCGGGGACACCCUUCUCAAAUGGGGAGAAGCUGAGGCCUCACAGCCUCCCUCAUCCAGAGCAGAGACCGUAUAGCUGCCCUCAGCUGCACUGUGGCAAGGCUUUUGCCUCCAAGUACAAGCUGUAUAGGCACAUGGCCACCCACUCAGCCCAGAAACCCCACCAGUGCAUGUAUUGUGAUAAGAUGUUUCACCGCAAGGACCAUCUGCGGAACCAUCUGCAGACCCACGACCCCAACAAAGAGGCCCUCCACUGUUCUGAGUGCGGUAAGAAUUAUAAUACAAAGCUGGGCUAUCGGCGCCACCUGGCCAUGCAUGCCGCCAGCAGCGGCGACCUCAGCUGCAAGGUGUGCCUGCAGACCUUUGAGAGUACCCAGGCCCUGCUAGAACACCUGAAAGCCCACUCACGCCGUGUAGCAGGUGGUGCCAAGGAGAAAAAGCACCCCUGCGACCACUGUGACCGACGAUUCUAUACUCGUAAGGACGUGCGGCGGCACCUGGUAGUACACACGGGCCGUAAGGACUUCCUGUGCCAGUACUGUGCCCAGCGGUUCGGCCGCAAGGACCACCUGACACGGCAUGUCAAGAAGAGCCACUCGCAGGAGCUGCUCAAGAUCAAGACAGAGCCAGUGGACAUGUUAGGUCUGCUCAGCUGCAGCUCCACCGUCAGCGUAAAGGAAGAGCUGAGCCCUGUGCUGUGCAUGGCCUCUCGGGACAUGAUGGGGGCCAAGGCGUUCCCUGGCAUGUUGCCCAUGGGCAUGUAUGGUGCCCACAUCCCUACCAUGCCCAGCACGGGCAUGCCACACUCCUUGGUGCACAACACGCUGCCCAUGGGUAUGACCUACCCUCUGGAAUCCUCACCUAUCUCUUCCCCAGCUCAGCUCCCUCCAAAAUACCAGCUUGGAUCUACCUCAUACUUGCCCGACAAAUUGCCCAAAGUGGAGGUGGAUAGUUUUCUGGCGGAGCUUCCCGGAAGCCUGUCUCUCUCGUCUGCCGAACCCCAGCCCGCCUCACCUCAGCCGGCGGCAGCUGCGGCCCUCCUUGAUGAAGCACUGCUCGCCAAGAGUCCCGCCAACCUCUCUGAGGCCCUCUGCGCUGCUAAUGUGGACUUCUCCCACUUAUUGGGCUUUCUUCCACUCAACCUGCCCCCAUGUAACCCGCCUGGGGCCACAGGAGGCCUGGUCAUGGGCUACUCCCAGGCCGAGGCACAGCCCCUGCUUACCACUUUGCAGGCUCAGCCUCAAGAUUCCCCAGGGACUGGGGGGCCUCUGAACUUUGGGCCUUUGCACUCCUUGCCUCCUGUCUUCACCUCUGGCCUGAGCACCACCACCCUGCCUCGUUUCCACCAGGCAUUCCAGUAGCCCCCAAGGAAGCCCCCAGCUCAGUCUUUGGCUCUGUCAGGGAGCCUCAAUACCCAUCCCAUCCUCAUCCCCCAUGAAGGCAGCUGAGCUUUCAGAGCUGGGUUCAAAGAGAAAUUCCAGUGUCUAUGUGGAGCACUUGGUUUGGGGGUUCAGGCUCUAGGAUCAAUUCUAGGAGGAGCCUUGAGCCCCAACCCCGUGAAAAGAUCUUAUACCAUAGGACUUCAGGUUUUUUUUGUUUUUUUUGUUUUUGAUCUGAAUCGGGAGCCACACUUAGCCCUCUCCCUCUCCAAAGCAUCAGAACCUCCUUUUCUUUGGGGAAGGGGGAGGCCUCUUGGAGAUGUAGAAACAGUGAGGGUUUCACCUUGGAUGACCUCGGGAGAAAUAGCCCAAGAAGCCCGCCUUCUGGUUCCAACUUACAGACCCGACAGCGCUCAGUUGGUCAUGCCCUGCUGCGGAGGGUCACUUGGCUCCAUGGUCUGCCUCCAGCCACGGGCAGGAGAGGGCCUCUGUCCUCCACUUCCCUACCCCUCCUGCACCAACACCUCCAUUUUCAGUCAGUGUUGUUCAGCAACGGUACCGUUUACAGAGUCACCUCAGACAUACCAUUUCACCUCCCUUCCCUGAGCUGUUAGCCUUAGAGUGAUUGCAGUGAACGUUGUUUACACACCGUGAAUCCAUUCCCACCAGUCCAUUCCAGUUGGCACCAGCCCGAACCAUUUGGUACCUGGUGUUAACUGGAGCCCUGUUUACACGGCGGAGUCGGGUCUCACUGACUUCUCUUCACUUGAGGUCACAUUUUUCCCCUGUGGGGAAAUAAACUGACUUUGGACUGC